AUAUCAUUUUCAUUCCUCCGGUGCCGUUCGCCUCGUUCGCGUCGUCGAUACACCUAUAUCUCCUCACCUUCGCGAGCGCGAUCGCGUAAACACGCGUAAAGUGAAGGCAAACGGCAGCCGCGUGCGGACGCACUCGUGCGCGCGCGCGCGCGCGCAAUAGAGCACGCACGAACACACGCACGCACACACGCAGCAAUCGCGGUCGCCGCGAUAGACACCUGUUGCGCCGCCGACCUGACCGCAGUCGACGCCGAGCAGUCGCGGAUCGCGGGUCCGAGAUUCGUGAUCCCCCGGGUUCGUGUUCGCCGAGUGAAUUAACGCAACGACCGAUCUCCGGUAUCUUCUGAGAGGUGUUCGCGAUUUCUGUCAACUUUUGAGUUUAGCGAGCAUCUUUGGUACACCGUGUUUCCAGAUACGAUAUAAAGGCUCCAAACAUCUCCUUCAAAUUCAAAGAAAUCAUCUGCCAGCGAGACUUAACUGAAGAGACACUUACUAAGACUAAAUUGUUAACAGUGCUCAAGCAGUAAAAAUGUCGUUGGGAUUGGCGGACGAUCAAAGAUUUGCAUUAAUGAAGUUCCGGCGGUCCGUGCAAGACAUCCUGCAGCCGCACCACGAUGAUCACUUUCUGCUUCGCUGGUUGAGAGCGAGAAAAUGGGACCCUACCGCGGCGGAAAAAAUGCUGAGAGACUCGCUAGAAUGGCGGAAACAUUGGGACGCUGAUAAUCUGAGUAAUUGGGAAAUUCCUGAAGUAGCAAAAACUUAUCUGCCUUACGGAUUAAGCGGAUUCGACAAGGAUGGGGCACCAGUGAUCAUAGUACCAUUUGCCGGUCUAGAUAUGUACGGAAUAUUACACAUAAUAACGCAAAAGGAGUUCGUCAAAGUUAUGAUAAAAUUGUUAGACGCUUAUUUAAACUUAGCCAGAGAGCAAGCCAAGAAGCAUGGCCAGAUCGCCAAUCAAGUGACCGUUGUUUUCGACAUGGAAGGAUUUUGUCUUAAGCAAUAUUUGUGGAAACCAGCUGGCGAACUGAUCAUCACCUUCAUCCAAAUGUACGAGGCAAACUAUCCGGAAAUUCUAAAGAUGGCCUUUCUGAUUAACGCCCCCAAAGUCUUCGCUUUUGCUUUUUCAAUUAUCAAGAAAUUCAUGGAUGAUUAUACAUUGUCGAAAAUACAAAUCUACAAAUCCGACCCUGAGAAAUGGAAACCGGCAAUUCUUAAACUCAUACCAGAGGAUCAAUUACCUGCCCAUUACGGUGGAGCACUAACAGACCCAGAUGGCAAUCCAAAAUACACGUCAAAGAUCUGCCAAGGUGGUAAGAUACCUAAAGACUUGUACACCAAAAAUAUGGAAAAGUCAAACGAGGAUUACACUACCGUCGUCGUUCAAAAAGGAGGAAAGUUGGAAUUCGAUAUUUCUACGCCCGAAGUGGGUUCCGUUCUAAGUUGGGAAUUCCGAAGCGAAGGUCACGAUAUUAAAUUCGGGAUUUUGAAAAAGGACGCGACUAAUGGUACGAAAACAGAAGUUAUACCCAUUCGGAGAGUCGCAUCCCAUCAAUCGGACGAGAUUGGAUUACUAACUUGCGAAACUCCAUCGACCUAUUCCGUUGUUUUCGACAAUACCUACAGUAUGUUAAGGAAUAAGAAAGUUCAUUAUUCCGUACGUGUAUUACCACCGGCACGAAAAGCGAUUAUACAAUAAAGUGAAAAUCCUUUUAGGAAAUUUUUAAUAACAUUAGUUUCUAAUAUUUUUACUCAUGAUAGAUCAAGUUAAAAUGUUACGGAAUUCGUGUAAUGGAAGGAUGUUAUGUUAGGGUAUUAUAUUCGUUUUGUAGCAAACUUAGAUAUAAGGUGAAUUUUUUGUAAUUUAUAGAUUGAUCGCAUUGUUUGAUUUUGAUUGUUUAUUUGGCAUUUCCUUCGCUUUUCUUAUUUUCUUAUUGCUUAAAAGAUUAUGUAGAUCUUAAUUGCAAUAAUAAUUAUGGAAUAUAUAUCUAUAUAUAAAUGCAAAUGCAUAAAAAAUUAAUCCUAUUAUUUUAAUAAAUCCUAUUAUUUUAAUUUAUAUAAUUUUUCUUUAUAGUCUUGAUAUCUCUUUUCAAAGCAGGGUAACGGAAGGAAUGAUUAUUAUUUAAAAAGUAGAUAUAUAAUACAUCAUGUACGAAAAUGUAGUUUAUGUAUGUUUAUAAUUCAAUAUAUACAGGAUGUUUAUUAAAGAGCGCCCACUAAUUGCAUAGCGCUACUCCUUGUAAAAAAUUGAAUCAAGAAAUUCUGAAUCUUUUUCUAUGUUUAAUAAAGCGUAAGCACCGCUUCGCCGCUAUACUAUCAGACGGCUUACCGACAUAUCACCCGACCAAAGGACGGCGCUGAUAUUGGAUUUACUUUAUUCAAUAAUUACUACUUUAUUGAGCACUAUAUAAAAAGAAUGGUUCAGGACUUCUUAUCUUUAAGAAACAUCCUGUAUAAACUUUUUGUAAAAAAUAUAGAAAGACAAUAUAUGUAUUAAAAAUA